CCCAUAUUUCACUCCCUAAUCAACUUCAACCAAUAAUUUCAAACCGGACAAUUCAAGUACUAGUCCUCAGUCUCAAAAAAUAUCUCGACGAGAAAGUUUGGCACACCAUAUUAAGGACUUUGUAGAAACAAGCGCUUUCCUUUCCAAACAGUUACACAAUGCUGUUCCCUUAACAUUUCAUACAAUGAAUAUGAUGUUACAUGAAUCUCCAUACUCACCUUCCUUUGUCCCUUCACCUCCCCCCAUAUGUCUUUACGAAUCCAUCCAAAACUUUUAUAUACUUUUUAGUCAACUUCAAGAUUUUCAAUACCAUUUCACUCUUCUUCUCACACUACCUUCUCUAAUGUAACGACACUUUUCACACCUAAGACAUGUCGGCUGUUUGACACUUCUGCUAUACUACGCCAAUAACCAACGGACACGUCUGAUUACAUUCAAUCACUUUUGUUUUUGUGGGACAAUACGGUAGACUCGGCCAUAUAAGUCCCCUUCAUAUCAAGAAUCUUCUUCACCUCUCCUUCUUGAUUUUUUCUCUUCUCUAUAUCCUUUGUUACAAACAUGUUCUUCAUGUCAUUUUCGUUUCUCCGUCUUUCUUUUUUCGAAGUUUCAAUUCACAAUCAUGGUUAGUUUCGGUUAGUUUGGACCUUCUCGGACUUUUUGUUGUGAUCUAUAGACAACAAAGCUAUGGGAAUUAAUAUUGUUUCUGCUAUGGGAGUUUGUUUAGGUAGCCAAAUCAAAGCUGAAGGCCAAACUAACUCUGUUUCAGGGUUAAGUUCAAAGAGUGUGAAUGUUGUUGAAACAGAAGAUAUCGCUCUCAGUAGCCCAUGUUGCAAGGCUUCUGUUGAUCUCAGUAGCUCAACCAGUGAGAUUGAGAUAUCGGUGGGAUUGGUGCCUCGGACUGACCCGUGUGUGGGGGAGAUCUUGCAAUCAUCCAAUUUGAAGAGCUUUGCUUUGACAGAACUUCAGGCUGCUACUAGAAAUUUUCGUGUCGACAGUGUGUUAGGAGAUGGAGGUUUUGGAUCGGUUUUUAAGGGUUGGAUUGAUGAACACUCGCCUUCUGCUGCUAAGCCGGGCAAGGGCAUUGUUGUUGCUGUCAAAAAACUUUAUCAGGAUGGCUUCAAAGGUCGCGAGGAGAUGUUGGCUGAUGUCAAUUAUCUAGGCCAGCUUUCACAUCCUCAUCUAGUGAAACUGAUUGGAUACUGCCUUGAAGAUGAAAACAACCUUCUGGUCUACGAAUUUAUGCCUCGUGGCAGCUUGGAGAAUCACUUGUUUCUCAGAGGCUCUUAUUUUCAACCUCUUUCUUGGUGCCUACGUUUGAAGGUUGCUCUUGGUGUUGCGAAAGGCCUUGCAUUUCUUCACAGUGCUGAGAAAAAAGUGAUAUACCGAAAUUUCAAGACUUCAAAUGUCUUGCUAGAUUCAAAUUAUAAUGCAAAACUUUCUAAUUUUGGGCUGGCAAAGGUCGGGUCUGCGGUUGAUAAAGGUCGUGUCUCCACCCGACUAACAUAUGGAUAUGCAGCUCCAGAAUACGUAGCCACCGGUAUUCACAGUGCUAAGAGUGGUGUCUAUAGUUUCGGGGUUGUCCUAUUGGAAAUAUUAUCAGGGAGGAGAGUUAUUGACAGGAAUAGACCACAAAGACAACAGAAUUUGGUGGAAUGGGCUAAGCCUUAUCUGUCCAACAAGCGUAAGAUUUUGCGCGUGUUGGAUAACCGUCUUGAAGGCCAAUAUGAACUAGACGGUGCCUAUAAGGUUGCUACACUCUCCCUAAGGUGCCUUGCAACAGAAGCAAAGUUGCGACCAAACAUGGAUGAGGUUGUUACAAAUUUGGAGCAGUUGCAGGUUCAAAAUAUAAAUGGAUGCAAUCAGAAUCGUUUGCGUAGAAGAAGCGCUGAUGAUGUUACCUGUGUUAGAACAACCACGGCUUAUCCUCAACGUUCUACGUCUAUGCUCAGUACAUGACAUUUCACAUUGCAAAAUGCAGAUAUAGCAUCCUUCAGAGUUAACAAAGCUGAAUGUACUCAAAUGCAGUGAUCCCAUACUGUGAAGUGUUACCAAAUGAAUUGUACAUAUCUUAUUAUAGAUUAUGUUUCAGAACCAAAUAUCUCUUGGACAUUUGGCUUGUUGAGAGCGCCUAUGUAUAUGAAUAAUUGGGUCUUCUUAGUGUUUGUAACAGUCAAAUAACUGUAAUCUAUUUGUUAUAUAGUUUCCUGAUUCCUAAUUUAAUAUAUGAAACUAUAGUUUUAAUAA